AUGGUAAGUCAUCACCGUAAGGACUGGGCAGAUCAACUUGAUGAUGCACUCUGGGCGUAUAGAAUGGCAUUUAAGACACCUAUUGGAUCAACUCCAUAUAGGUUGGUCUAUGUGAAAGCUUGUCACUUGCCCAUCGAAUUAGAGCAUAAGGCCAAUUGGGCUAUAAAGCAACUAAACUUUAACUCUCAUAUAAUCGGCCACAAGCGAAAGUUCCAGUUAAAUGAGUUGGAUGAAUGGCGAGCCAUGGCAUAUGAUAGCUCUGUGCAUUAUAAAGAAAAGACAAAGGAAUACCACGACCGACACGUAAGACGAGCUAAGCAAUUUCAUGUCGGUGAUCAAGUGCUUCUCUUCAAUUCAAGACUGAGGCUUUUCCUGGGAAAAUUGAAGUUGAGAUGGUAUGGGCCAUAUACAGUAUUACAGGUUUUAAUCAUAAACGAAGUGUGCAAUGUGUGGAGAAUCAAUGUGCGUCAGGAAAAUCCCGAGGACCAUCCUUGUGGCCACAAGGAUGCCUCUCGGGACUCAUCCAGUGAGUCUUGA